CAAUGAAUGCUCCUCGGACAACAUUACUCGCAACCACCACCCAUAGCGCCAUCCACAAUGCCCUCAAUCGCCAAAAUGGUAUUCGGCAACGGCCCUCUCGGCCCGUCCUUUGCCCCCUGGAUCCGUCAGUACCCCGGCGUGCAAAAGUACUGGGCACGAUGGUCAGAGCUCUACAGGCACGCAGCCGGCUACCGACAGAAGGGCUACCUCCUCGACGACUUGGUGAUAGAAGAGAACAAGGCCGUGCAGAAGGCGCUCUCCCGUCUUCCCGAGCGAGUCGCUUACGACCGAGUCUGGCGACACCGACAGGGCAUUAUGAUGUCCAUGCACCACACCGACCUUCCCAGGAACAAGUGGACCCCCCCCGAAAAGGACGAACAAUACCUUACCCCUUACAUCAACCAGGUGCUUGCGGAGGAACAGGAACGAGCCGACUGGGAUCACUCUGUCGUCGAGAGGAUCAAGAAGAGGCAGGCUGGCAGGCAGAACCCUUUUGAGCGCGUCUAACUUGGGACGUGUUAUUUGGGUGGGGAAGGAGGAGGCGUGUGCGGCAGUUGAGAGUGUAGACUGUCGUCGGGCUAUAAGAUGCAUUGCAUACCGCACCAAGUAGAACUGGCUACAGAUCAUCUCUCUU